CGCCAGCGACGGCCAUGUUUUUGGUAGAACAAGCAGGCAUGCCAGUGUUCGCGAGCUAGCGUGCAAGACAAUUGUGGUGCAAGAGGCUUUACAAACACAGGGAAAGAAGGCGAAAGCAGAUGCGGAGAACAAGGAGGAGGAGGAGGAGGCGGAGGAGGAGGAGGAGAACAAGGGUGAGGGGGAACGGGAAGAGGAGGAGGGCCACGCAGAGGAGGGGUCAUAACUGCGACACAGACCACCGCCGCGCAGGCUAGGUGUCAUUCGCGGAUGUCCUGGGAGGUCCCCGGCGGGCGCAAUUCGUCGGUCGGUGCCCGGCUCUGGCUGCUACGCCGCUGCCGCCGCAUCUCGUCGGAGAGCGCCGGCUCCACUGGCCUGCCGUGCCCCGCUCUUCGCCGCUUCGAUGCCCUCGACAGCUCCUGCCACAGCGACGGGCACCACCUCUCCGCGAGGGAGCUCAGCUCUUCCAGCGGCGGCCUGCGGCAGAAGGCCCGGAGGUGCCAGCGCAGCAGCCCGAGGGCGAACGCGAGGGCCCAGACCAUGUAUCCGACAGCAGCGCCGUCGCCCCUCACGAAGCCCCACAUGGAGCCAAUCACGCCGUCCUCCUCCGCGACCCACUCCGAGUGCGGCGGCGACCAGAGGAAGCAGACGCCCGCUGCAACCAUCAGGCUGCCCACCAGAGAGCCGACGAUCGACAGGACGCUCUCCAGGAAGGCGUCGGGGCCGAGCACGGUGAGCAGGCCCAGGAAUCCUGCCAGCAAGGCCAGAAGCCACUCGAAGUGCCGCGCGGUGCCCGCGGCUGCCCUCCUCGGGCACUGGCCAUCUCGUCACGACACCUCUCCCGCGGCCUUUUUGCCAUGCCACCCCUCCAACGGAAAAUUCAAGCACGGCGUGUUCACGUCGCGAUGACGUCGGCAUUGACUUUUGACGCCGCGCAGAUCGUUCAACCUUGAACGAUCGCAACUUUAGAACAAGAAAAAACGCUAUAAACAUAAACUCGAUGCGCUCCGCGCGGAUUUCUUGGAUCUGCGCCGGACCCCCCUCCCUGGCGCGCGGAGCGCGCCAGGGGCGGCGCCAGAGGCGCGGCCG